ACCGCGAGUGGAGCCGGAGCCGCCCGCGGGCAGGGAGCGCCCGCCGCGAUGUCCCACUCGGUGGUCCUGCGCGGCCCUUCGCCGUGGGGGUUCCGCUUGGUGGGCGGCAAAGAUUUCAGCGCCCCGCUGACCAUCUCCAGGAUUAACCCUGGCAGUAAAGCAGCCAUGGCAGACCUGUGCCCAGGAGAUGUUAUUCUGGCAAUUAAUGGAGAGAACACGGAGAACAUGACACACCUGGAAGCACAGAACAAGAUCAAAGCAUGUGUGGACCAGCUGCUGCUCUCUGUGAACAGAGCUGAAGGGAAGAGCUGGUCCCCCCCUGUUCUGGAGGACGGGAAGGCUCAGGCAUACCGGAUCAACAUCGAGCCAGACCCACAGGACAACGGCCCUGCCCAGAGCAGGAGGUCGGUGCCCCCCGGGGCUGGGGGCAGCCCCCUGGACAAGCAGCAGGUGCUGAACGUGCAGCACCACCAGCCCCCCCGGCUCUACCCCAACAGCGGCCCCGAGUCGGCGCUCCCGGCCCAGCUGGGCGGGCUCCACAUCUCUGCUGCACACAGCAUUGACCCCGUGAAGUCUCUCCCACGGAACAGAAAUGGGAUUGAUGUGGAGUCAGAUGUCUACAAGAUGCUCCAGGACUAUGAAAAGCCCGUCUCAGAGCCAAAGCAGUCUGGAUCCUUCCGAUACUUGCAGGGCAUGUUGGAGGCUGGCGAGAACGGUGAAAAGCUCGACAGACUGAGCAGCCCCCGCACCAUGAAGCCCCCGGUGCCGAAGCUGGGCGGGGCCAUGUCGGGGCUGCAGAUGCUCCCGGAGUGCACCCGCUGCGGGAACGGCAUCGUGGGCACCAUCGUCAAGGCUCGGGACAAGCUCUACCACCCCGAGUGCUUCAUGUGCGACGACUGUGGCCUCAACCUGAAGCAGAGGGGGUAUUUCUUCAUCGAGGAGCAGCUGUACUGCGAGACCCACGCCAAGGAGAGGGUUAAGCCCCCCGAGGGCUAUGACGUGGUGGCUGUUUAUCCCAACGCUAAAGUCGAACUGGUCUAAGCCUGGGCUGUGCUCUGCAGAGGUCGGGCCGAGCCCAGAGCCCACCCACGUGCUGCGCUCACCCCCGGCUACCACAGCCCGAGGCAAACUGCCUGUUCCCAGAUAAAGCCCUGUACACUUGGGAUCUCCGGGGGAUGGUGUUGAAAGCUUAAGAACAGGUUUUUCCCUUCUUUUUGACACUCUGCUUUUUGGGUUGCUGCGUUGGGUUAUUAGUCUGUGCCAUAACCUUGUCCAAGAUAUGUGUAAAUAUUGAUUAAUUCUCUACUCUGUUUCAUAUAAAACCAGUAUUCCUUUUUUUUUUUUUUGUGUGUGCCCUCCCUGUAAUUAAAAAGCAAGGAAGAUGUUUUAAAAGCUCGAAGAAAAUAAGGCACUUUAACAAGAGAAGCUGACUCCUAUAUCCUGACCCUAAUCUCCUGCCCUGUCACUGUCCCAGGUAUUAAAAAUUGACCCCUGGGAGUCAGGAUGUGGUAUCAAUGGGUCCCCAGCUCAGCCCCAUCCCAGCAGCUGUGCUAAGGAAGGGUGAUCUCUUAAAGCACUAAUUAUAGUGAAAUUCUCUGGAUCUGGGCACUGCAGUUGGAGGCUGAGACGGACUGAUUAGAGCUCCCCAAGAGAUCUCCACACUUAAGCCUGUGACAAGGGUUUUCUCUACCUUUUUCCACUCCUAAUUCAGUUGUCUUCUGUCACCUAAUCACCCAAGCACACCUUUAAAGGACACUGAAAUAGCCUGGAGCACCCUUUGGAUAUCCCCACUUCCCACACUCCUGCCCACAGCUGCCCUUGCUUUGGCCAUUCUGACUCUUCCCAUUUUUUUGCUGUAUUUUUGUAGUCCUUUAUUUCUAGAUCCUCAGACUGCUGCCAUUUGGGUCUGCCUCCCAGCAGAGAGAGAGUGAUGAAAUCCCUCCAGGCACUUGGGGAGUAACUGGAGCUGGGGUGAGUCCCAAGGCAGCAGGAUUGGAUUUAUACCCAUGUCCCAAGGCUGUGCUUUCAGUCAAGUCCAUCAUCCACUUUAUUUGAGGGGAAAAGUUUUUGUGGAUUUUGAGAUGUUGCUUUUUUUAGUUGAAUGUGGUUUUUUGCAAUGUUGCUUUAUUAGAGAAAUGUGGUUUUUUUCAUGUUAGUGCUUGGAGGAGAGAGAGUUUAGUCCCCAGCUGGGUGCUGCUGUGGGUGGUGAUGGGAGCCUGUGUUCAGUACCACGAGGUUAUUUCUGCUUUGCAACAGCCUCCCUGCUCUUUCUCUUCACUCUGGGAGAAGGAGGAUGUGGGGAAGAAAAAUAAAAUGUCUGUGCUCACUUUCCUUCCAAGGAAAAGGAAAAUAAGAAAUGGGGUGAUGGGCAAAGCACCCCUUCCCCUUCUGGCUCUCCAUAAAGGGAAAAUUGGGACUGGAGGAGGGUUGGGAGCAUGAUUCCAGUUGGGGCUGAGCAGGCAAUUUCUUCCUACAGGUUCUGCACCUCAGAAGGGAUUUUAGGGUGUUACUGAGCUACAUCUAGACCUCUUCACACAGAGACUUGCAGGGACUGAGCAGCUCCUGUCCAGCUGCAAUCCCCACACGUUGCUGGGUCAAACUCUUGUGCCUGUAGCUUGAAAUUUCAGGCUUCCCCCAAACCCAAGAGUGAAUGCAGCUCGACUGAGUGAUGGGGAACUCAUGACACAAAUGGCACAGGGGUUUGUCUCCAUUUUCCAGGCAGAUGGUCACAGCUGCCAGUGGUGCUGUUUGUCACUCCCUGGGGCUCUUGUCCCUGUUUGACUCCAUCUGCAUGGUGGCCAUGUCCUGUGGGAUGCCAGGGGUCUGCAGCCCUGGCACAGGGAACACCAAGAAAUUCAUAAAUUGGUUCAUUGCCUUCAUUUUAAACACUCCACUGAGCAGGCUGCUGGCAGGGCACCCUUGGUAGUCUUGCUUGGCUGCCAUACCAGUACAACACUGGGACUGCUGGGCAUGGGGCUUUGCUUUCAAUUUGACCCCAAGUUCCCACAGAUCAGUUUUUCCACAUGGCAUCUUGUGAUACCCCUUCUCAGGAGUAAUCAAUUCACUUGAUCCCCCUGUGGAGCUUGGAGCUGCCUCAUACAACCUCAUCCCAGGGCACACUGAUUCCUGGCUUCAGGCACCUCAUUCCCAUUGUGGGGUUUGCAGGAGGUGCCACAAGCGAGUGUCACCUUUUGUGUCACCAGGUAAUGCUGUUUAACUCUGUAAAACAUGGGGAGGGUGCAUUUUGUAUGAAAUACAAAAUAAAACUGUACUGUUUGGUUUAUCA